AUGAAGAUGUUUGGAAGUGUGACUAUUGUCAUAUUGUAUGUGUGUCUUUUAACUUCCCUUUAUCGUCGAUGUUCGCAGGCCCGUCACAUCGCGCUGAACCCUGUCGAAUGGAAUGUGUACGCUUAUUUGAAGUAUGAACUGUACGGAUGUGAGGCUGUCUCCCCUGCUCAAUCAACCGGUCAAAAUGUCACACAGGAUAUCGAGGAUAACCAGGUUUUCGUGACAAGUCUGAGUCCCUAUAUCAUCGACCGGGCGAUCCACAUAAGACCUGAAGCCAGUCUCACGAUCCAGGCAGGCGUUCGGGUGCUCUUCACCAACACCGAGGCUAAGUUGGUUGUCUACGGACGUUUGAGAUCCGAUGGAUUAGAGGGCCUGAGAGUUGUAUUUUCUCAUAAUUCCCUUCCUCUUGGUGACUCAGCCUUUCGAUGGGAUGAAGUUGAAGUCAAGAAAGGCUCCGAUGUUAUGCUAACGAAUACAGACAUCUGGCAAGCACAACGUGGUCUUCGUGGCGAUGCUGAUGACAUGGAUCUCAGCAGUUGCGGUGUCUACGUGAGUUCAUCAGGAAUUGUCCUUACAUCCGGCAAAAAGAACAGGACAGGUCAAGCAUUUACUGGCGGAAUUGUGUAUGGAUGUGGGCAAGGAAUAGAACUCUCCUCGGGGCAGCAGUUAAGCCAUUUCUUGUUCAGGUCGUACGAAAUUGUUAACAAUUUAAAUGAAGGCAUUAUCACCAAAACUAAAAACUGUGGUCUUGAGGUUGAAAACUCUCAGAUAUCUGACAAUAGAGGAUCAGGGAUUAGCGUGUCGGGUUACUCACCGUUGGAAUAUAUGCGGAUGAAUAAGGUGGACGUCACAGGAAAUGCCAAUUACGGAGCUCUCAUUUAUGUGAAUCAGGUGGUGGAUAUUCGCUUUUGUAGUUUUAGGACAAACAAGUAUUAUGGGGUGCACGUACAAGGUCACACACAAGCAUUAUUUGCAGUAUUUCAGAACAAUUCUUUUGAACACAACGGUCGAUCUGCUGUGUAUUUGCGGCUAAGUAACGUGACUUUCACAGGAAAUACAUUGACCAGGAAUGGAGAUCGCUACGCUGUAGAAGUAACUGAUUAUCGCGGGACAGACAAGGACAGCUGUGUAAUCUCGGGAAACAUCUUACAUGACAACUAUGCGGGCGUGUACAUCAGAACCUCGUCAAAUGUUACAUUUUCUUACAACUUUAUAACUGGUACUCAAUCAAAGCACGCUGUUUAUGUCGACGCGGAAUGGGUCUUGUUCACUUACAACGAAAUUGUCAACAACUCAGCGGCAGUUUUCAUCAAAAAAUUUCCACAGUACUCUCUCUCAAUGAACACGUUUAUUAACCCUGAAUCUGAAUAUGAAAUUGAUACAAACCUUCCUUUUAGUGAGAGCUAUUUCAUUAAUGCCGCUUACAAUUAUUGGGGAUCUUCAAACGGCUCCUUCGUCCGGUCUCGAGUAAGGGAUGCCUUUAUCAAUAUAGAUCUCGUUCUGAUCUUUGUAUCCCCGUUUUUCGUAACAAGUGACUUGGCUGAGCUCUAUACAGGGCAAGACCCAGACGAGUUCACCCAGGACGACUUUACCAUCGGCGGACGGCUCGUCCAAAACGUGACUCUACGCAGGAAUACUUCCUUCUCCGUUACACGCAGUAUUUACGUCCCAGAAGGAAUUUCAUUAAUGAUCGAGCCUGGAGUUGAACUUCGAUUUCCGGGAUGUCCAUAUCUCUCAGAUGGCUACGGGAAUAUACCUUACUAUAGAGGAUGGAGCCUCUGUGGAAAUGAACAUCGAGGAAGCUACAGUUGUAGGAUGCCAAAACGGAUUUCGGCUUGA